ACACGCACGCGCUGAGCAGAGAGAGAGAGAGAGAGAGAGAGCGAGAGCGAGAGCGAGCGAGCGCGAGAGCGAGAGCGAGCGAGCGAUAAGAGUGCUAUGAAGAUCAAGCUUUACGGAAUAUAAAGCCGAAUCUCACGGAUCAUUACUGACCUCCUGCAAACCACAGUUGAUUUACCGCGCCUUCGGGAAAUUACUGCAUAGCCAAGGAAGAAGCCAUGGCAGAACACAUGAUGAUGCCCAUGAGUCACGGCCAGACAAACAGUGGGCUGCACGGCUACCGGAUGGGCAUGACCGGCCAGCAGCACCCUUCCCAGGCUGGUCUUAGAGCCAUGCCCAAUGGACAGAUGAUGCACUAUGGACCUCAGGGAGGCAUGCAGCGACCCAACAUGGUGAUGAAUGGCCAGAUGAAUGGAGGAGGAUUGGGCCACCAUCAAAUGCAGUCCAACAUGAUGUACAGCAACCAGGGCCAGCAGCACCAACAGCAUCACAUGCACCAGCACCAGCAACAUCAAGGCCAGCAGCAGCAACAACAACAACAACAGCAACAACAACAGCAACAACAACAGCAACAACAACAGCAACAACAACAGCAACAACAACAGCAACAACAACAGCAACAACAACAGCAGCAGCAGCAGCAGCAGUACAUGACUGGAGGUCUGAACACCCAGCAGCUCAUGGCCAGCAUGCACUUGCAGAAACUCAACACACAGUACCAUGGGCAUCCUCUUGGUGCCAUGAAUGGACACCAUGUUGGAAAUGGAGCUCAGUUCAGAAUGGGACCAGCUCAGUUGGCCAAUGUUCAACACAUGGGCGGCUCAACACUGGGCCUUAACGGCAUGGAUGUUGAUCUGAUUGACGAGGAGGUUCUUACAGCAUUGGUUAUGGAGCUAGGUCUGGAUAGAGUUCAGGAGCUGCCAGAAUUAUUUUUGGGACAAAAUGAAUUUGAUUUUCUUCCGGACUUCGUCAGCAAACAACAGCCCAGCACUGUCAGCUGUUGAGACAUGGGCAGUGAGGCCCCAAACGGGCAGACAUGCAGUAAGGUGAUAAUUGCCUUGUUUAUAGUCUUGAAGAGGACCGUCUCUUAAGAGCUAAGAAGAACAGGCAGAUGUUUCUCUGGUCCACUGCUGGAAAGAGUGGUGGAGCUUUAGCCAGAGUUAUAGGGACGGGGAGGUGGAUACUACUCCUGCGUCCUUUAGACAUGAAUGUAACAAUGUUGCUAAACUAUGAGCUUGGUCUAAGGCACCUCUAGUCCUCAUAGCAGCUUUGCAUUCACUUGUAACUUAUUUAUGGUCUGUCUGCCUUUGUUAAGAAAAGUCCAGUGUCGCAGGAAGUCCUGCUGCAGUUUAGACUUGGGGGAUGGGAGCUGGAUUCAUGAAAUUUGUAACAAAGAUUUUAUGGUCUUGUCUUGAAUUAAGAAGUUAUAAUGAAAUGGUCAACUGCAGUACCAACUAGAUCUUUCAGCUAUGUGUGUACUCUACAUAUGCCAAGCAUAGAUGCCAUUCAAUAUCUGCUGUGGUUUAUGCCAUCCCAGUUGUCCUAUUUGAGCUGUAGAACUGCCUUAAAUCACACAGCUUUUAUUUAUUUUCUUUUUUUGAGAUGUUUUUCGAUUAAAGAAGGUUAUAUGUAUGACUUGGCUUUUUUAGUUACUCACAUUGGUCAAUUUUGACCUAGUUUUAAUUAUCUCUGAAUUAACUGGAACAGAGAAUGCUGCUGAAGUCAAUAAAUGGGCCAUAGGUUGCCAUCUUGUAUACUUUGUGGUAGUGUGAUCUUAUUCAUUUUUUUUUCAGUCAAGGCAGGGGUUUUAAAACCAGUAUCUACACAAAAGGAAAGCACAUGCCAUAAAUGCUAGUUUUUUGCAGUCAGUUAUACUACCAAACACUGAUUAUUAGCCACUAGUGUGCAUAGAUCUAGCAUGCUAUUAUGAUGAUCAUUUAAACAUGAGGGUCUUUUAGUCAACCAAGGUUCCUGAUGCACAUUGUUAAGCGGGUCAUUGCAAUUGUAUCUUUAUUCUUUUCAAAUGCUUUGAAAGUGGUUAUUGUGUGCUGGGUGUGGGGGAAGGUUGGUGCGAACAGUCCAGGUUAAUCUGUGCUUACCUUAACUACACAGGCUCUCUCCAUGCCUGCAGGUUUUAUGUCUAAGAACAUGUGCUCCGUUUAUGGAUGCAUCCUGCUUGCCCCCUUGAGGGGGUUGAAAUAGCGAGCUUUUAACGCUUCAUUGUCAUUUCCUGCUUUUCAGAAGGAAAUAAGGGACCAAACAGCAGGGCAGAGGUUAUGUAGAUGGCUACACAGAACAUGCUUCUCCAAGGAAAUCAUAGGCAAAUGGAAUAUGCUGUUAUGUGCUUGAGGGUUUAACUGUAAUGCAGUCAUACUGUACAUGUACAGUAAUCUUACCAAGGUCAUUUACCAAUCCCUGAUUUGACUAUUUUAUUCUACAAUGGCUAUUAGAGGCUAAAAUGACCCUGAUGGCUGCUUAGAUAUCAGGGUGGAUACAUGUCAGUCUGCUUUUCUUGCUGUUGUGUAAAGAAAAAUGUAUUUAUUUUAAACAAUAAACUAUUUUAUUUAUGGAAAA